AUGCCGAAGCCAGCCCUCCCCCAUCUUCCUCUGAAGGACAUACGACGGGCUUUGCUGCUGCCCCCGCAGCAGCAGCAGCAACGGCAGCAGCAACCUUGCUUGGCCGUUGGUAGCGAUCAGCCACAGCAGCAGCAGCAGAAGCAGCAGGAGCUCGACAGCAUGCAGCGACAACUGGGGGUGGUUACGGAGGCCGAUCUGCUGCGGGCUCUUAAGCAGCUUGCUGAAUCCCCUGUCUUAUUUGCUUCCCAGCAGCAGCAGGAGGAGGCGCAGCAGCAGCAACAGCAGCAGCAGCUGCUGCUGUUGCAAGAAGCCGAUGUUGCUGGUGGGGGGGGGCCUGCAAAGAACGCACCUGACUAUCCUCUAUCUUGCCUCUGCCAGGCACAAGGCGUAGGGGGAAGCCGCGGUUGCAGCCGUUGCAGCAGCAGCAGCAGGCAGCAACAUCAGCAAGCUGCUGCAGGCAGAACCGUGCAUAAGAGACAACACAGGCAACAGCAGCAGGUGCCAGAAAAGCAGCAGCUGCAGCAGCAGCUACAGCAGCAGCAAAGCAGCGGCCAGCAGCAAAUCGGCGCAGCUGGCCGUCGCGUGGGGGGCCUAGCACGGGGCCCCGUGGAGCAGCAGCAACCGCAGCAGCAGCAGCAGCAGCAGCAGCAGCAGUGGAUUGACUUUGGAGAGGCUCUGAGCCUGCAGAAACAGCUCGACGCUCUUAUGCGCAAUGCGCUUGAAGGCUUGGGGCCGGCUUCAGGCGAAAGCUCUCCUCAGCAGCAGGAAUGGCAGCAGCAGCAGCAGCAGCAGCUAGGGGGCGGCAUGAGCAGCGGCAGAUUUAGCCACUACACUUCAGGAGAUGUAACGCCCGCCAGCAGCAGCGAAUGCCGCACCCCUCAGGGUACAACUUUUUCUAUUGAGCCCCCAGGGGUUGCUGCUGCGCUGCAGCAGCAGCAACAGCAACAGCAGCAGCAACUUGAAGAUCUGGGGGACUCCGCCGCAGGCUCCCUCCAGGGAACGACUGCCGUUGCACUUGCGCUGAAGGCGCGGGAGCUGCGCGACGGUUUGCUGGAGGAGUUGCAGCAGCAAGGCCUCUCUGCAGAUGCUGCUGCAAGUCGAGCAGCAGACAUCUUCAGUGCUGCUCUCGCUCUCACUAGGUGCUCAGCGACAAAGCCUGAAGCAGGGAAGAACUUCUUUUCGUGGUUACAAGGUGUGGGGGGCCCUAACUUUGCUGCCCCUACAAUGCUGGCACACCCUGAUGAAUUUCGUAAUCCUUCUUCCUUCCUUAAGAUCUACGGGGACCCUAUGUGCUGCUUAGAACAGCAGGCACACCGCGGAGGCAGCGGCCCUUGGGGGGCUGCGGGCGACAACACAACAGCAGCAGCAAACCCAAUACGAGGCCGCAACGGGAACUGGCUCUGCAGGAGCUGCAGCAAUGUAAAUUUCCCCAGACGCUUCCGCUGCAACAAGUGUGGGGCCCCCAGAGGGCCUGAAGGCGACGCUGUAGUUGCCGAGUAUGCAAAGCAGGUGUACAGACACCACUUAAACACCUUCCGGUUGCUGGCUGAGAGUCGGGGCGGGGAUACCCCGCUCAAGAGGCUCCGGGGGAAGAAGAAGCAGCAGCAGCAACAACAGCAGCAGCAACAGCAGCAGCAACAACAGCAAAGAGCUGUAGCAGCUGCCGUCCUAGGGCUUGCUUCUCUCUCCCGCAGCAGCAGCACCAACGAUAGCCCCACGCACCAGGCGAGACAACUCAGAGCCCCGGUGCUGCCAGCCUCUCUGGCGUCGACAGUGUGCGGCCUUACGGGCAGCAACAGCAGCAGGAACGGCCGCAGCAGCAGCAGCAGCAGCAGCCCCUGCCACUCCCUAUCCCUGGGCGCUAGCGAAACAAGCCCAUUGAAUGCGAGUACCUGCAGCAACAACGCAGGCAUUCAAGCAACUUCAGGACCCCCCCAAGCAGCAGAUAGUGCCGCUGCGGGGGAGGAUGCAUUGGCUUCAUCAGAAACAGGAGCAGCAGCAGCAGCAGCUGAAACAAAGCUCCACUUCGCGUCGCACGCUCUCCACUGA